ACUUUAACAUGCUUCGUCAUUCGAAGCAAUCCAAAACCUACAUCCUUUGUUUGGUUAAAAGAUGAUGCCCCGUGGAAGUUGCUUCAGAUGGUUAAUAUAUAUAUUAUGCCUAAUAACACUGGUUUCUACAAAUGUCAAGCCACCAACACAGUUGGUACUGGAACAUCAGCACUACUUAAUAUGAAAGUUAGAUACAGCCCAAGGAAUACACACAUUUCCAUCAGUGAAAAGGAUACCGAAGUGAAAGUGGGUCAAUCUCUGACAUUUACUUGUAUUACUGAUGCCUAUCCUCCCCCUACAAGCUACUCCUGGUACAUAGAGACUGACUCCUCACAGUCCAAGUCCUGUGCAACUUAUAACAACAGUCUACGAUUGGAGAGUGUGAACAGAACAAAUGAAGCAUGUUAUAAGUGCAACGCCACCAACAGCAUCGGUACGGGGGACAUUAGCCAACCUGUGUGCAUACGAGUUCUCUAUCAGCCGACCAUCCCAGAGUUGUCCAUGGUUGAUGUUGUCAGUGAAGGUCAUCCCACCACCAUCAACUGCACCGUCGAAAGCUUCCCCCUAUCACAGCUCACCUUGAAGAAGACCCAAUCAUCAAACCCUAAGUCUCCAGAAUUGGGUUUCACUCAUCCCAGGACACGCCAGAAGUCCAACUAUCUUCAACUCACAUUUAAUGUCACUUCAGCCCACAGAGGCUUUUACACCUGCGAGGCAAAUAACAGCAUCGGUUGGAAGAAAAGCGUGACAAAGCAGUUGGUGGUGAAAUACCAUCCCGAAGACGUGAAAGUACAAGCUCACCCGGAUGUUGAAGUUCAUGAAAACACCUUGUUGACACUGAACUGCACUGCCCACUCCCACCCACGAGUGACCGCUGUCACCUGGAUGAAGACGACACAUGGGAAGAGUGAGAUCAUUGGGGGGAACAGGAUCUUCACUGUAAAGUCUGUCAGUACCUCUGAUGAGGGACUGUACAGCUGUGCAGCCACUAAUGAAAUGGGAACCGGAAAAUCACAGCAAAAAGAAAUCAAAGUCAUGUAUGCUCCAAAACAGACCAAGAUCAUGAAAGGAGCAGAGCAGCAGGGCCGAGAUGGGACGAGAUUUGUGACGCUGAGCUGCAGCAGUCACAGCUACCCUCAAGUCACACACUUCGAAUGGUACAAGAAAAUAGAGGCAGAGAAAAGGGAUGAAAAAGUGUCUGAUCAUCAGACCUACACCGUGUUUUCAGACAAACCGGGAGUCUACUACUGCAUCGCAAAGAAUGAAAUCAAUCAAAAGUCCUCUGACCCUGUCCAGAUGUUUGUUGACCGGGUCUUUGUAAAGGUCUUGAUCAUUGUCUUCUUUCUGAUCAUCAUCGUCAUGAUAGUCAUUUUCUUUGUCUACAGGCACAAGAAGAACAAAUCUAUUGAAAGAGGACAUGGAAACACUCAGCCCCGCUUUGAUCAUCUGCCAAUUCAGGGUUUGUGGAUUGGCGCCACAAGAAGGAAUUUGAUGACAGAUCCCGUCAUGGCAGAGCCUUCAAGGAGCAGAGAUGACCUCUUGCCAGACCAGCCGUGCCGCUCCAAAGGCCAGCGAAGACGUCCCUGUCCAGACAACACACCGGCGUCCGACACCAACGUAGUUUACUGCACUGUGAAUCAUCCUGCACAAAAUCAGGGUCCUUCUGGAGCGAUGCCAACCAAACAGAAAGCUGGACUCACACAGGACGAAUCUCUGAACUACACUUCUUUACACUUUGGAAAGAAGCAAAAGAACGAAUGUGCAAAAGCAGAAGUGGAUGUUGUGUAUGCUAUGGUGACCAAGAAAAAGCCAACCCUAAAGAAUGAACAAGAGAACCUUGAAGACUAUGAGAAUACAAGGACAGCAAAUGGGGCCAGAUUUCAGACUCCACCAAACAAUGACUCAGACACCAGUGAGGAUGAAGUAGAGCUCAAUUAUUCCCAAGUGAGUUUCAAGGCAAAGCCUGGACAUCAGCAAGCCUACGAAGACUCCAGUACCUCUGAUGAAGAAGACAUCCAGUACUCGGAUGUCAAAUUCUGAGUUUAAGUAUUCUUAUCCUACCUUCCCUGUACAAAUGCCUUCUUUAUUAGCCAUGAAAAACAUUUGCAGAAUCAAUCACUUGGUUUAGUUUUUUAAGUGAGGCUUUAUCGCUGUUCUUGAAAUGUUUUGCUCCUUUAAUAUUGUUUAUUAGUGGUAAUUGUAAUAUUUUUUUGUGCUUUAUAAGUGUGUGUGUAACAGGUAGCAAACUGAAGGAUUAAAACUGAUUAGCG